UGCAUGCAUUCGUGAGCGAGUGCGAGCAAGGCGGAGCAAGCAGCGGGCUGUUUUAAGGUAUCCUGAUGUGGACAGUCCCUGUAGACAGUGCAGUCAGCUCUGAAAUGUAAACUUUCCCCCGGGGACAUAAGAAGCAAAUGUGAGGGUCGCAAAGGGCUACAAGGCUGUCAGAGCAGACAUUUAAAACAAAUCAUGGCAUCUAGACUCUAAUUUACGAUAAUUUUAAAGUCGACGAAAUGCGGCCGGAGCCUGGUCGAGGCACUUUUGGAUCUGACUCUCCGGUUUUCGCUGCCAACCUGAAAUAUGAUAAGGUAUUAAUAUAAUGCAAGUUAUUCUUGUUUCGCGUUCUAAACGGGGAGAUAGGACUUUGAACAAUGAUCUAUGUAUGGUAAAAAAUAAACAGGUACCCUAUUUCAAAAAGUUAACUCCAUUAAACAUUGAUGUCUCGAACUACUUUUUGUUUUGUGCGAUGCGGCAACGUUGCAAGUGGUAGCCCUGCAGCAGCAGCCGACACGACGCCAUGUUUAUUUACGUCAGUCACUCACUGCCGGCCGCCAAGAUCACACAUCUCAACUUGGUAUUCUUUAUAUUUUAAUACCAAAAUGCCGAGACAUAAAGGAAGAAUUAUCUCCGCGAAGAGGCUGCACACACUCCAGGCUAAAGCAGCAGCCCUCAAGAGAGCCAGGGAAGCGAGACAAGCGGAAGAAACAGAGGAAGAGCUGGAACAAGCCGAGUGGGAAAUCCCAGAGACGCCAAAGGCAGCUGUGCGACGAAAACUUAGUCCAGGCUCUGUCGAAGAAAAUGCUGCACCCAAAAAGGCGAAGAGCACAGAAACCGAGGAUAAUACUAAUUGUGCAGGAGGGCGCCGAAUCGUGGAAUACAAGGUGCUGGGAAAAGGCCUGUGGUGCUGCUACUGCAAGGAGUGCAUGUCUCUGGACAACAUCGAGGACGAGAAGUUAUUUGGUUUGGGGUCUAUUCUCAACGUUCGUUGUCACAAAUGCUGCACUAUCAACGUCGUCCCUACCGGGAAACGGCAUGCAGAUAGUCUAAACCGCGAAACUCUGUUCGAUGUGAACGCAAAAUUCGCACUGGGUGUUAUCAACAGUGGAUCCCUUUACGCUCCUCUCAGAGCUUUGUUUGCUGCCAUGAACAUGCCUAUUAUGUCGUACCAAACCUACAAGAAGUAUGAGCGCAGUGUGGGAAAAAAGGUUGAGGAGGUAGCCAAAGUGAGCUGCGAGGAGGCUGCAAAGGAAGAAAGGGAGCUCACCAUCCAGAACAAGGCCGCCCUGGAGCAGAUUCUGCCAGAACAUCUCAGCGCAGACUUCAUCAUUCCAACGACAGUGACAACAUUUGAAAAGGUGGUAAGGAUAAUGGUAUCGUUUGACAUGGGUUGGAGUAGGAGAGCGGCUGGAAGAAAUUAUGAUAGUUUAAAUGGGUAUGGGUGUAUGGUUGGUAAUUUUACGGGGAAAGUUAUAGAUUAUGAUACAGAUAAUAGAAUGUGUAUGAUGUGUGAAGCAGGCCACACUCCCGAUACACAUGAUUGUAGGUUAAAUUAUUUUGGGAGUGCUAAGGGUAUGGAAGCUCAUGUUGCGAAAAAAUUAGUAAUAGAUAGCAAUAUCUUGAAAAGCCAAAAUUUAGAGGUUGGUGUUUUGGUAACAGAUGAGGACUGCUCCUCUGUAGCAGCUUGCAGGGCAGCAGCCUCUCAUGAAAUUGUUAAACAAAGUGAUAAGAAUCAUGCUAGCAAGGGGGUAAAAAAAGUUUUAUAUGGCAUGGAAAAAAAACAUGGUGAAAUUAAUGCAGAAGCAAUUAAGUGGUUGCAUACUUGUUUUACUUAUGCUUUAUCUCAAAAUAAGGGAAACUCUGCUGCAAUGGCUAUUGCUUUAAGAGCUAUACCCCUCCACACAUUUAAUGAUCACACUCUUUGUGGCAAUUGGUGCGGCUACAAGAGAGAUCCAGAGAAUUAUGAUCAUAGAACUGUUCCGGGGGGAUUCACAAAUGAGCAACUUAGAGAAGAUUUAAUUGAUGUUUUUAACAAAUUAGCUGACAAUGCCAACAAGUUUUCUGCUGCUGCUUCAAGUAAUAGUAAUGAAAGUAUAAACUCUAUGAUGGCUAGAAAGUGUCCAAAAAACACCUGCCUCAGUAUGUCAGAGUCAGCUGAUUUCCGUUAUGCUGCAGUUGUGGGGAAAAAAAAUUUGGGAGAGGUUUACACCCAAAAGACUAUGGAGUUGACUACUCUUAGUCCUGGCAUUCCAUUUAAUACUUCAUAUGUAAAAAGCACAGAUAGAGCAACUACAAGUAGGCGGUCCCUUUAUAACACUAGAGACUUUAAAAAAAAAAGAAUAAUUAAGGCUAAACACAGGGCAAAUAUUAAGUAUAGAAAAGAGGUAGCAGAGGGCACCACUUAUGAAUCAAAUUGUAACCUUUUAGUACUAGAUGGAGUUGAAGUGAUACCGUUGGGUGAGGAUGAUAUUUCUGAGAACUGGUUGGUUGGUGGGGAGGCUGAGGGAGUUGUAGUUUUAUUUGAUUUGGAAACAGGUGGGCUUAAAGCUGACUCUGACAUUUUGCAAAUAGGGGCUAGAUGUGGCAAAAAAAUUUUUGACACAUUUAUCAGGCCCACAAAAUCUAUCCCAAAGGAAACAACUAAAGUUAACGGGUUAACAUCCAAUUCCGGGGACCUCUUUAGGCAUGGAAAACAGGUGAAAGCAAUCCCUCUCCAAGCUGCCAUUACCAGUUUUAUAGAUUUUCUAGUUUCAUUUGGAAAGGUUGUUUAUUUGUGUGCUCAUAAUGCCUUUGCAUUUGAUGGUCCCAGAAUUUUAGCAGCAAUCACUCGCAGUGGCCAAUUGCAAAGAUUUCAGUCUACAGUAAAGGGUCUUGUGGAUUCCCUACCUAUUCUUAAAAAAAAUAGACCUGGAAAAUCAAAUGCAUUGGGAAUAGUUGCCCAAGAUUUAAAUAUUUCAUUAAAGGAUGCACAUGAUGCUGUAGCAGACAUCACCAUGUUACAUCUUAUUUUACAAGAACUAAAAUUGUCAGCUUCAUUUCUCAUUUCUGAAUCUAUACUUGUAACUACUUUAAUUAACAGAAUGGAGUUAAAAAGACAUCUAGAGAACGUACUAACUAAGGGCAUGCUAGAUAAAUUUGCUAAAGGUGGUUUAACAGUUGAAUCUAUUCAAGACACUUUUAAUGCCAGUGGUGUGACAGGAGUAACUACAUUAGUGAAAAGUGUUACUAAACAUCAAGCCUCCAUAGACAAAUUAUGUGAUUGGUGUCAGAAGCAGAAUGCAGGGCAUUCAACUACUGCAUCAGUGACAAAUAACACAGUUUUACCAUUUACAGCUUCAACCUCUACUGCUACUGAACCUGUUAAUGAAUUUUUACAUGUAGCAUGGACUUCAAAUGAACCUGAAGAAAGGCAGUCCUCCCCUGAUCUUUUUAAAGAAUAUUUACCUCCUGACUUCGAGACCAGCCAACAGUUGCCAUUCGGAGACUUUUGAAUCUAUCAUCUGCGUACACUACUUGGUGCUCUCACAUACCAGGUUGAUCAUUGUUUUUGCCCCGUGAAAAAUAAAUUUAACACUUUUGUCACCAGGUGCCUAACGGAUACAAUCCAAUUGGUAAGACAGUUAAUUAUGUACAUUACUUUUUUUGUUUUUAUAAUAAAUUGUGAACAAAAUAA